AAUGCAAAAAAUAAGAGUUUUAAAAAAUAUAUUACAAAAUUAUGAAAGCGUUGUUAUACAAACGCGUGUCUGACAACGUGACCGACUCCACUACUAGAACGUGGCCACACAACACCGCGCCGCAGCGGUUGCAAGGCUGCCUUUCCUGGCCGCUGUUUGUGUUUCAGAACCGGCUCUUGUUGUGGUUCGACUCGGUAGCUAUCGACGCUUGACCAUGUCUGCCUCCCGUACGAUAAUAUGUUUAUUAAGAAAUGAUUUACGAAUCCACGACAAUGAGGUGUUCCACUUUGCUCAAAAGCACGCCGAUCACAUCGUGCCGCUGUACUGCUUCGAUCCCAGGCAUUACGCGGGAACGUACAAGUACAACCUGCCAAAGACGGGACCUUUUCGGCUGCGCUUCCUGCUGGAAAGCCUCCGGGAUCUCAGAAACACGCUGGUGAAGAGGGGCAGCAACCUGGUCGUAAGACAGGGCAAACCGGAAGAAGUCGUGGCCGACCUCAUCCAGCAACUGGGCUCUGUCAGCGUCGUUGCUUUCCACCAAGAGGUCACUUCUGAAGAGCUGUCCGUGGAGAAAGGCGUCAAGGACGUGUGCGCACGCAUGAAGGUCCAAGUGCACACCUGCUGGGGGUCCACGCUCUACCACCGAGACGAUCUGCCAUUUCAACAUAUUUCCAGGCUGCCGGAUGUUUACACUCAGUUCAGGAAGGAAGUGGAAUCCAAGAGUCAAGUUAGACCUGAGUUGCCCACCUCAGACCGUCUCAAGCCUCUUCCAGGGGGGCUACAGGAGGGAGACAUUCCUACUCCAGCGGACCUGAAGCAGACAGAGCCUUUGAAUGACCCCCGCUCCGCUUUUCCAUGCGGUGGCGGUGAAAGUCAGGCGCUGCGCCGACUUCAGCAUUAUUUCUGGGACACGGAUGCGGUCGCAGCCUACAAGGAGACGCGCAACGGCUUGGUCGGCUUGGACUAUUCCACCAAAUUUUCUCCCUGGCUGGCCGUGGGCUGCAUUUCACCGAGGUACAUUUUUCAUCAGAUACGCCGAUACGAGAGGGAGCGAACGGCCAAUCAGAGCACAUACUGGGUAAUUUUUGAGCUUUUGUGGCGUGAUUACUUCAAGUUCGUAGCACUCAAAUAUGGAAAUCGUCUGUUUCAAGUCAAAGGACUUCAGGACAAAACCAUUCCCUGGAAGACGGACGUGACACUUUUCAACGCAUGGAAAGAGGGACGUACAGGUGUCCCCUUCGUGGACGCCAACAUGAGGGAGUUGGCCAUGACGGGCUUCAUGUCCAACAGGGGGCGCCAAAACGUGGCCAGCUUCCUCACCAAGGACCUGGGCCUUGACUGGAGGAUGGGAGCCGAGUACUUUGAGUACCUUUUGAUCGACCAUGACGUCUGCAGUAACUAUGGCAAUUGGCUGUACAGCGCCGGCAUUGGAAAUGACCCCCGGGAGAACAGGAAGUUCAACAUGGUCAAGCAAGCACUCGACUAUGACAGUAACGGCGACUACGUGCGGCUCUGGCUCCCCGAACUGCAGAAAAUCCGGGGGGCUGACGUACACACGCCGUGGACCCUCAGCAAGGCGGCGCUGUCACACGCAGACGUCGUCCUGGGUGACGCUUACCCCAUCCCUGUCGUCGUGGCGCCCGAAUGGAGCCGACACAUUGGCAAGAAACAGAACGAUACCGGGCCGUACCCAAGAGGCAGAAAAGGUCCGUCUCACAACCCCAAACAGCAUCGCGACAGAGGCGUUGAUUUCUAUUUUUCCAGAAGCAAAAACUUGUGAGCUUGGAUCAAAACCAGCCACAACGCCAACUUUGCUUUGCCUUCUUCUGUUACACUGAACUGUUUUAAGUUAUGCUCCUCGUCAAACUGGUUUUCUUACAUAUUAAAUGGCGCUGUAAUCCAGGGA